AUGUGUGUGCGGAUGAUGAGAUUCGUGGAUUUCCGAGACAGUGUUUCUGUGGACGUGGUGCUUCGAUUUCGGUAUCAAAGACGAAGGAAAAUCCUGGUCGUCCCUUCUUUCGCUGUCCGAGUUUUAAAGAUAUUUUUUUAUGUCGUGAAAGAGAAGAAGAAGAAGAAGAAGAAGAAGAAGAAGAAAAGAUAA